AUGAGCCUAGCGCGAGCUCGAGUGCUACAGCGAGACAUACUUUGUCAGGAAUGUUGCGUGGAUCGCCACAAGUGUUUGCCACUGCAUGUUAUUAACAUCAGUACAAAAUGGAAUGGUCAAUAUUUUGAACGUACAUCAUUGAAAGACAUCGGCUUGCGUGUGCAGUUAGGACACUCGGAUAUGACAUGUGCAUGUCCUGUGCGCGGACAUACUGACUUUCUUGUUUUGCAUGUCAAUGGAAUUCACCGAGUGAAUCCUCAAACAGCAUGCACCCGUCAAGUUCUUGAACACUUCUUGCUGCUUACAUGGUCUAGUAAAGUCUCCGCUUUCGAGUACUACCAGACUUUAGAGCGUCUCACAGACAACACCGGUAUCUCUGUUCCAAAGAGCCGCUAUUCAGCAUUCAUGCGUAUGAUCCGGGAAUAUCGCCACAUUUUACUCUUGAAGCGAGCUGGUUUACAACCAGGCGAUCUCGCAUUACAUUGUCCUGCAUGUCCGCAACCUGGAAUAAACCUACCAAGAGGUUGGGAGACCGUAGAUGCCUCUCUGAAGUUCCUUUACUACUUAAUCAUUGCUAUGGAUGCCAACUUUUGUCUCAAGAACAGAACUCAAUCGUCGGAUUCAGUGGACCCUGGCAUGCAUACCGGUCUUGCAUAUUUUGUUGCAAAUAAGCCUUACAGUGCUCAUGUGUUGAAAUUCGCCUCCCAGAAAGAUAUUAGUACGUGCAGUGGUUUUAGUACUCUGGCACAUGCCGAGUCAAAGUUCUCGAAUGGACUACGGGCUACAGGUGUCAGGCUCUGCCUAUGUGCACGCCAUGAAUUUGUGCGUCCCAAAGGGGUGGCUAUCAUCCCCCUUCUUCUUUUAAAUGUCGUCAUCUCCUACAAUGUUGCCUGCCAGUGGAAAAUCAACCUCUUUGAGAGAAUGGACUGGCUUCCUGAGAAUAUGCGUAUCCCUGUCGCAUUCGCAACAACGGCGUUCAGGUUUGCAAUUCCAAAGUUUCACGCCAGCGCCCAUGAGGAUAGCUGUGCUAUCCUGCAUUCACUCAACCUCAUGCCAGGAGUAGGUCGAACAGAUGGAGAAGGCAUUGAACGAAAUUGGGUGGAGAUAAACCGGGUUGCAAAUAGUACCAAGGAAAUCGGACCAGGUGCACAACAUGAUACCCUGGAUGACCAUUUUGGUCAUCAUAAUUGGCGUAAAUUUGUUGGCCUCGGUCUCUCAUUACAAAAGAAACUCAUAACUGCGGUCAAGGAGUGUGAUCGCCAGCAGGCUGCCUUUCAAGAGUUCAAUCUCGCAGUUGGGACGUCAUAUGAGAAUGAGUGGACUGCAAUGGUCGAGAACUGGGAGGUGGACAAGACACAGGAAAACCCAUUCAUAAACAGAGAACGUGAGAAUCUGCUUGAGCAAAACGACAGCGGCUCUUUUGUAGAAGCCGAAAAUACUAUCCUCUGGUUGCCAUCAAGCAUUGACACUUCGAUUUGGACGUCAACUUGCCGCGAUAAUAUUAUCUGCAUCGAAGAGGAACUUCGCAACACUCAAUGCCACGACUGUCUCAAUAAACUCCGAAAUGUCCUGCGUGCCAGGGUUCAUCUCAUCAAACACAGAAAUAGGAACACCCGUGGUCAAAGGGCCAAUACCCGUGCAGCAUCAGUCAUUAGUCGCUUGGAUGCCAAGAUCAAGAUUAUAGCCAAGAAGUAUCACACCGCUCAUAGGUGCUUGAUUGCAUUACGAGGGCCGGUGUAG